CGGAAGUGAAAGAGGUCCUUCUGACUCGCCGUACCAGGAAGUGUAUACGUUUCCAACAUGGCAACCCUUGACGUCCACGUCCGAAUAUGUGAACAAGAAAUAUUAAAAUAUGACUUAGAAGUCAAAGCGCUUAUCCAGGAUAUCAUGGAGUGCAAAGGUCCUCAGAGCAAGCUUAACGAACUCAAUGCUAACGUAAAAAAGGGGUUGCAAAAUCUACGAUUACUUAUACAAGAUUUGGAGCAGAUGGCGAUGGAGCAAGACAAAGAGUCUGACAAGCUGGCCUUGAUCCGUCAGGUAGAGGGACACAGGAAACAGAUGCAGAGCAACCAGACCGCGUGGAGGAAGUCCAACCUGGCCAGUAAAUUGUCAAUCGACAAUAUGGAGAAGCAGGCGCUCCUUAAUGGAGCUGAUAGUGGCGCAAGACAGAGGAAGUCAACCAAAGAGGACAUGGCUGAGACGUCCAGUGACAUUACAAAGAACCUGAUGAGCAUCAGUCGAAUGAUGGCCCAGCAGGUUAACCAGAGCGAGGAGACGAUGACAAAUUUAGCUACGUCAUCCAGGACCAUCCAAGACACCAAUGACGAAUUUAAGACCAUGUCAGGGACCAUCAAGUUGGGAAGGAAACUUAUCACCAAGUACAACCGCAGGGAGCUGACUGAUAAACUGCUCAUCUUUCUUGCACUGGCCCUCUUCCUCGCCACUGUUCUUUACAUCCUGAAGAAGAGAAUAUUUCCUUUCUUUUGAGGAGUGCAAGACCACCUCCACUGCUCCACUAUAUCAAGUGAGCUCAAAUUAUUUUCAACAUGCUGCAUGUUAACCAUAAUUAAGUCAUCCGUCUAGUAAGAGUGUGAUUAAUUUUUCCAAAAUAAUGUACUUCUUUAGAUGCAAAAAAAAAGCACUGCAAUAAUAACAAAAAAACACACAUUUGUACUUUGUAAUCAUAUAUCUGUUGAAAUUAGGCCCAAUGUGAAUUCCUGGUGUAGGCUUUUCUUGCAAAUAAUAAUUUUAACUACUCAUUAAACUUUGUUGUUAUGUGUCAAUAUGAUGCCGUCAAAAAUGACAGACAGCAUAGAAUAUUUAGUAUUCCAAUUUAGAUCAGUCUUGCAUAUAACACUUACAUUUGGCAACCAAUCAAACUUGUUAAUCAAGUACGUGGAGAAUGACACAAUUAGAUACAGCGGAACAUCCAAAGUCAAAUACUAAUUUCUUUUUUGUGAUUUGGAGACAUGUUUUGGCCCUUCCCUCCCCCCCAAAAAUAUUUACUAUUAACCCUCAGGGGACAAAUGCUGACUUGUUUGUCCUUUCAGUACACGUUUGCUGUAUUUUCGUCAUGUUUUUUUAUUGUGGUACUCCAUUAUACAUGUUUUUUCCUAAAGGUUUUUUUUUUUCCAUGUUUGAUUAAAAACAAUCAAUGUUCAAUUCUUACACUAGCAGUUAUAUGACAAUAAUUGAAAGCCAAACAGGACAAUAAAGUACUAUAUUUCAAGGGCAUAAUCACAUUUUGGAUUAAUAUUUUUGGCUACUUUUUUGGCUGAAAUCGCUCGAUCAACUUCAGCCCUAAACAAAAUGACCAAACGUAAUGUGAUUGUGUUGUAUUAUUUUAACCCUUUUGAAGGGCUUUUUGAUCAAAUUAUGUCACAUGAGGUUUUUUUUUAUACAUUUGCAUAUAACAUUAGUGAUAUCACACAUUUAAAACUAACAUUAUCUGAACGAAAGGCUCAACGUGUAAAAAAAAAUUAAAAUCAUUACAUGUUUGAUAUUUUUGAUUAGGACUAAAGUUCUAUUGAUAAAUUUGAGCAAAAAAACUAGAGCGAGAUACUGAAACCAGUUGCUCUGAUGCUGCAUCAUCAGAAUAGAUGUAGUAAUAGUGUCAAAGUGUUAUGACUAAUUUUAAGGUAGAAAAAUGCUAUACAAGUGUAAUCCCUUUAACAUAAAAACAAUAAAUAAAAGGUCAAUCCAAAAUGUAUAGGGCCCAAAAAAACUCAAAGACUUUUAUAUUUGACUUUAAAGGCAAAUCAAAUAGAAUGUCCCGAGAGGGAUUAUGGAGUAUAUAAAAAAAUGUAUACAUAUUUAUUAGAAUAAAUAUAUAACCUUAUUUUUUUUCUGCAGACAAGUGCAAAGAGAAUGGGCAAGUUACUUACAAAAAUUUUAUUAUUAGUUAAGUAUUUGAAAGUAAUGCAUUUUUUACUAUCUAAGUAUCUCACGAUUGUUGUUACAUUAAUUCCACAUGACUUUUGAGUUACUUUUGUCAUAAAGUGCUUUAUUAUUUUAUUACACAGAUGGCUACCUGCAACAAGACAACAAUGCCAGAACAUCUUAUUUUUUGUAUAGCUUUUUACAUUAGAAUAACAAAUGAGUUGCUAACCAAAAAAAAGUGCUAAUUUUAAUUCUGUCUAUAUUCAACAACUCACCAUAUAAACUAAAAACAAAACACUCAUUUCCAUUUAUGUCCAAUGGUGGGUACAUCAGCUGUAAAUAACAAAACAAGACGGCUAAGGACCUUCAAUUCGAUAAAUAAUGGUCCUUGUUUUGGAGUAAGUAUUGGCAAAAAAAACAUAUAUAAAAUGAGCUUAUCUUUACUUCAGUUUUGCAAGAAUUUAAGGUUCUGUACAUUGCAUCAAAAUGUCCCUGUACUUUUAACCCAUAACUAUACAUUUCAAACAGGGAUUUGAAGCUUUCAGAAAGGUUUGCACCUCCUAAAAACACCUGUUAGCCUUGCUUGCAAGUUACGUGCAAGCUGUAGCCACGAGCACAUAUACGGCCGAGACAGAACAGCACGCAUCCCUGUCUUUCUUCAGAUAAGACCCGGAAAAGCAAACUAUCCUGCCCGUUUUUCCCCUCUCCAAUGUGGGCAAGGGUAAGGGGAGGGGGAUAUUUUUGGUCUGUGUGGAUUUGUUAUCUGACGUUGCCUUUUCAGCACCUCAUAGGAGAGCGUGUCCAGAGGAGCUGCAUGACCUCGCUGCCAUCGCCUCACAUUGCCAUCAUUUUAAUAAGAUAUACUUGCAUUUGAUGGAGUUGACAUGCAGGUGUAAUAAUAUGCCUUAUUCACUUACACACAUUGCUCAUACUUCAGUAAUCAUUUUAUUAUCUUCUGAAGGGACAAUACUAUAAAAAUGUAAUUUGGAGUUAUCCGUGUACAUCUUGUAAAAGUAAAAAAUAACACUGUAUUGUCUAAAUAGCGGCGUGGCAGCACAAUGAGUGCCCCUCUUUGUGAACAUUUUCAAGUAGCGUCCAAAUGUCAAUGUUGUUAUGCACUGCCUUAAUCCUCUUGGGCAUCGAAUAUAUCAGAUGUCGACGUCAGGGUGUCGGUGGAUGCACCUUCCUUUGCUUGAGGAUUGGGGUCCAGGAGACAUAUUUUGCCACUCCUAUCACUUUUAUU